GGGCCAUCGAGCUGGACCUGAACCGCUUCCCCCGGGGGGCCAAGACGUCCAAGCAGUGCAGCCUGGAGAUGGUGACCAAGGAGGCAGAGCUGCCCAUGAUCUCCAUCUUCAAGCAGAAGCGGGUCAAGGGCUGGUGGCCCUUCGUGGCCAGGGACGAGAACGACGAGCUGGAGGUCACGGGCAAAGUGGAGGCUGAGCUGCACCUCCUGACGGCCGAGGAGGCUGAGAAAUCCCCCGCCGGGCUGGCUCGGAACGAGCCCGACCCCCUGGAGAAACCCAACCGCCCGGACACGUCGUUCAUCUGGUUCCUGAACCCGCUCAAGUCCAUCAAAUACCUCAUCUGCACGCGCUACAAGUGGCUCAUCAUCAAGAUCGUGCUGGCCCUGCUGCUCCUGGUCAUGGUGGCCCUGUUCCUCUACAGCAUGCCGGGCUACAUGGUCAAGAAGCUGCUGGGGGCCUGAAGGACGGGAGCCUCUCCCACAUCCCGGCCUUUCCCAGGCUCCACGUCCGUCCUUCUCCUCCCCUCAGUCCUCGGCAGCUCGGCGGCGGCUCCUCCCUGAUGCUGCUGCUGCUGGGUU